AUUCGGCCUUAGGGUACUCUCCACCAACGAUGAUGUUUACUAAUCGCCAAUUUGGGCGAAAUUUUGGACGAAUUUAUCCGGAAGACAUUUUCCUAAUUUUUGGACGAUUUUUUCAAAUGGCCAUUUUCCUUAGAUUUUGAAGGCUUCAGAUCUAAGGGUUGUAAAUUAAAGGCAUUUAAUUUUCAAUAUAUUUCGAGAAACUUUUUUCCUACCUCCCAUUACCAACUACAUACCAUAUGGUAACUUCUUCGUUUUUAAGUCGAUUUUUAAAACGUUUGCUCAGAAGAAACGAGUUCAACAUGAUCUAUUGGAUCUACAAAUUUCUGCGGGUACUCUUUAGCGAUGAUUAAGUCUAUUUAACACCGAUUUGGGCGGAAUUUUUGCGGGGCCAUUUUUGGCAGAUUCCAAAGGGAUACCAUCACCAAUUUUGGGCGAUUUUUUUGAACGACCAUUUUUCUUGGAUUUUGAAGGCCACAGGUCACAAAUUCGACCUUUAGGUACUCUCCAUCAACGAUGAAGUCCACUAAUCCCCGUUUGGGCUGAAUUUUUGUCGAAUUUUUCCAGAAGAAAUUAUUGUAAAUCCUUACACGCUUCUUAAUCUUGCAGAAUUUUUGGGCGAAUUUUUGGAAAGGUUUUUUUUUAGAUUUUGAAGGCUUCUUAUCACGAAUUCAGUCUGAGACUAUUAUUUAGAGAUGAUUAAGUCUAUCAAACACUGAUCGGGAGGAAUAAAUCUGGGCCAUUUUUUAAAUCUUCCAAAGGGGUACGUAGUACGUACCAUCACAAAUUUCAUAUGAUUUUUGGAAAAUGCAAUUUCCUUAUAUUUUUUACGGAUACGGGUCACAAAUUCAGUCUUAGGGUACUCUCCACCAACGAUGAAGUCUACUAAUUGCCGAUUUUGGGUCGAAUUUUUCUGGAUGGUAUUUUCGUUUGAGUGAUUUUUUCGAAUGCCAUAAUUCUUAGAUUUUGAAGGCUUCGGAUCACAGAUUAAGCCUGAAACUAUUCUUUACUGAUAAUUAAGUCUAUUAAACAUCGAUUCGGGCGUAAAAUUACUGGGCCAUUUUUGGCAGAUUCUAAAGUGGUAUCAUCACAGAUUUCAAGCGAUCUUUUGGGAAGACCAUUUUCCAUGGAUUUUGAACGCCACGGGUUAUAACUUCGUCCCUAGGGUAAUCUCCACCAACGAUGAAGUCUACUAAUCACCGAUUUGCGUGGUAUUUUGGUCGAAUUUUUUCUAAGUGCAUUUCAUAAGUUAUGUGCGAUUUUUUCGAAAGGCCAUUUUCCUUUGAUUUUGAAGGCUUCAGAUCACGGAUUCAGUCUGAGACUAUUCUUGAGCGAUAAUUAAAUGUAUUAAAAACCGAUUCGGGUAGAAUAUUUUCGGGGACAUUUUAGGCAGAUUCUAAAGGGGUACCAUCACAUAUUUAAGACAAUUUAUUGGAAAUGCCUUUUUCCAUGGAUUUUGAAGCCCACGGGUCACAGAUUCUCCCUUAGGGUACUCUCUACAAAUGAUGAAGUCUACUAAUCGGUGAUUUGGGCGAAAUUUUAGUCAAAAUUUUUCCAGAGGACUUUUUGUAAUUUUUGGGCGAUUUCUUCGAAAGGCCAUUUUCCUUAGAUUUUGGUGGCUUCAGAUCAUGGAUUCAGCCUGAGGCUAUUAUUUACUAAUGAUUAAAUCUAUUAAACACCGAUUCUGCGGAAUAUUUCGGCGGUCAUUUUUGGCAAAUUUCAAAGGGGUACCAUCAUAGAUUUCGAGCGGUCAUUUUUCAUGGAUUUUGAAGGCCACGGGUCAUAGUUUCGGCUUUAGGUUAUUCUCCACCAACGAUGAAGUCUACUUAUUGCCGAAUUGGGUCGAAUUUUGGUCGAAUUUUUUUGGAUGUCAUUUUCAUUUGACUGAUUUUUACGAAAUGUCAUUUUCCUUAAAUUUUGAAGGCUUCAAUCACGGAUUCAUCCUGAAGCUAUUCAAAUAACGAUGAUUAAGUCUAUUGAUAGGGCAAAAGCGUAUAUGUCAAAUUCCUAUCUUGUAGUAAACCGGAAAGUCCGGGUAUCGUCUCUCAGGGACUGUUACAACCUUAAGAUCUCUCAAUUUUAUAGAGCAAACUAUAGGUGAAAAUAGUUUAAUGAGACUAAUUAUCUAAAAGCAAAAUUAACUAAUUAAGCAAAGUAAAUUGGUCGGGAGAAAUUCAAUGGAGAAAGCUCUGGGAGAAACACCGGGAUUCACUACCUAUCCUAUCCAGAUUAAUUCACAUAUUCUAAUCAAAUUAAUCCAUACCUCUACAGCCAGGAUAUCACGAAUGUGCUAGCUAUCCCUAUCGGGAAUUACUACGUACUAAAUAAUUAAAUCAAAUCCUACUGUCGUAGCUCAAAGACUUAAUUAUUUAGCCUGAAGAUCGAUAUCCUAUUUAAGACCGCAUAACACCUUAUUUAAUCCACUGUCGCUUCGAUAAGUUACUAUGUCACAUGAAAUAGGUUCAGUUAAUGGGGUUUCACUGUCGCUAAUAACCUAAUUAACUACAAAUCGUUGUAUUGGUGGCCAGUCAACACAAAGCAUUAAGUAAUUUCAUGCAAUAGAGAUUGGAAGAAAAGAAAUACGAAUCAAUCCAUCAAAUCAAGAAAUUGCUACAUCCUAUGGUGUUUCCCCCAGAUAUCGAGGUUUAGUUCAUGAUGAAAUUGAGAUAAAACAAUAGGGUUUUGUUCAUCAUGUUCUAAAUCAACAAUAAACAACUAAUUCGAUUCAGAAAAUCCAACCAAAAUAAUCCCUCUCGUGGCGGGUCCUUCGGGUGUCAUAUUUUGGCCGAGUUUACUGUACUUCCGGCCCUUAUGUUACGCGACCGUAAUCUUUUUUUAUGUUCCACCGCAGUUACGCCAGAAAGAAAAGGUUCCACACGAGCUCUCGUUCUGCGGCGUGAUGGCAGGACCGAUAGGAGAUUGGCUCCGGGUGUAGAUAGGGUAAAAUCUGCAGAGGUUAUGAAAAUACAUAGGCCCCUUCCCUUCUUGAGAUGGUUUAGAAGGCGCUUUCCGAUCUACGGUCCCUCGGAGCGAAGGGUUAGGCAGGUAGUAUGGGCCCUCUGACUUCCAGCUAUGUGUUGUGCGGCUCCCGCGAAGCGAAUGAAGGGAAGCUCUUCGAGCUUUCUCCGCCAGCAGCUUAUGUAGUGGGCGGCCUGUUGAACUCAGCUCAAGCAGCCUUGAAAAUCUCGAUCGCCGAUCCCCGAACGAAGCUAUCCUCUCGCCCCAAGCUUUGUGGGCUGCGCCUGCUUUUUCCUUCUUUUUCCCCAAGACUUCCCUUUCUUUCAAUCGAAUUCCGCCCCCAAGAUGCCAAGCUUCUCCCCUGUUCCGCCGCCAAAUGAAAAAUCCGUCCAAAAAACAAUCCUCCUCCAAAUAUGUCCCCGUCCAAAAUAUAUAUUAGUCCCUCGUCCCCCCUUUUGAUUUGGUCAAUCCCUCCACCGUCUCUUUAAUUCCCCAACAAUUAAAAGUCACCCGGCCCACUUCUUCCCCGCUCCUGGACGAAUCAUUUUUAUUUUUCGGGCCCAAUUAUGUGUCCUCUUUAAUUCCAGGAGACUUCCUAGCCCAGCUCCUCUUUUUUCCAAAUUACGUCCCAAGCCCAAAACAAUCACCAGUCCGCCAUCAAUCUCCCUCGAGCUGCUCCUUUCAGGCCCACGUGAGUAUCAAACUCAUGGCACUAAACAGUAAUGGUUUUUCAACCAUUUCCGGGUUAGCGAGCCCUAAAAUGGCACCAAUUGGCUUCAUGAGAUAGUCAAAUAAAGUUCAAGAAUAUUUCCGGGGCCAUUUUUGUCAAAUUCAAAAGGGGUACUAUCACAGAUUUCGGGCGAUUUUUGGAAAGUGCUUUUUCCAUGGAUUUUGGAGACCAUGGGUCACAGAUUCGUCCUUAGGGUACUCUCCACUAAUGAUGAAGUCUACUAAUGGCCGACUUGGACGAAUUUUUGGUCGAAUUUUUUGGGAUGACAUUUUUCGUAAUUUUUGGGCGAUUUUUUCGAAAUACCAUUUUCCUUAGAUUUUGAAUUCUUCAUAUCACGGAUUUAGUCAGAGGCUAUUUUUGAGCGAUAAUUAAAUCUAUUAAACACUGAUUCGGGUUGAAUAUUUUUGGGGCCAUUUUGGGCAGAUUCUAAAGGGUAACAUCACAGAUUUCGGUCAACUUUUUGGAAAGACCAUUUUUCAUGGAUUUUGAAGGCCACGGGUCAUAGUUUCGGCCUUAGGUUACUCUCCACCAACGUUGAAGUCUACUAAUCGCCGAUUUGAGCGGAAUUUUGUCGAAUAAUUCAUGAGCGAUUUUUUGGAUGGCCAUUUUUCAUGGAUUUUGAAGGCCACGGAUCACAAAUUCGGCAUAAGGGUACUCUCCACCAACGAUGAAGUCUACUAAUCGCCGAUUUCGGCGAAAUUAGGUCGAAUUUUUACAGUGGACGUUUUCUUAAUUUUUGUGUGAUUUUUUCAAAAUGCCAUUUUUUGGCUAUUCCUUAGCGAUGAUUAAGUCUAUUAAAUAUUGAUUCGAACGAAAUAUUUCAGGAACCAUUAUUGGCAGAUUCCAAAGGGUGUCACCGAUUUUGUUCGAUUUUAUGGAAAAGCCAUUUUUCUUAGAUUUUGAAGGCCACGAGUAAGUGAUUCGGUCUUUGGGUACUCUCCACCAACGAUGAAGUCGACUAAAGGCCGAUUUGGGGAAAAAAUUAGUCGAAUUUUAACGGAGGUCAUUUUCGUAAUUUUUUGGCAAUUUUUUUGAAAUUAUAUUUUCCUUAGAGUUUGAAGGAUUCAAAUCACGAAUUCAGCUUGAGGCUAUUCUUUAGCGAUGAUUAAAUCUAUUAAACAUCGAUUCGGGCGGAAUAUUUCCGAGGCCAUUUUUGACAGAUUCUAAAGAGGUACCAUCACAGAUAUCGUGAGAUUUAUUGGAAAGACCAUUUUCCCUGGAUUUUCAAGGUCACGGGUCACAGAUUCGGCCUUAGGGUACUCUCCACCAACGAUGAAUUCUACUAAUCGACGAUUUGGGCGGAAUUUUGGUCAAAAUUUUAUCGAGGGCAUUUUCGUAAUUGUUGGGAAAUUUUCCGGAAGGCCAUUUUUAUUAGAUUUGGAAGGCUUCAGAUCUCGGAUUCCGUCUGAGGCUAUUCUUUAGCGAUGAUUAAGUCUAUUAAACAACGAUUCAGGCAGAAUAUUUUCCUGACCAUUUUUAGUAGAUUCCAAAGGGGUACUACCAUCACAUAUUUUUGCCGAUUUUUUGAAAGUCAAUUUUCCUUGGAUUUUGAAUGCCACGAGUCACAGAUUCGACCUUACGGUACUCUCCAUCAACGUUGUAGUCUACUAAUGACCGUUUGGGCAUAAUUUUGGUCGAUAUAAAUCCGCGGCCAUUUUUUGCAGAUUUCAAAUCGGUACCAGCACAAAUUUCAUGAGAUUUUUUGGAAAGGCCAUUUUCCUUAUUUCUUGAAGCUUGCGGGUCACAGAUUCGGCCUUAGGGUACUCUUUGAAGGCUUCAAAUCACGGAUUCAGCCUGAGGCUAUUCUUUAGCAAUGAUUAAGUCUAUUAAACACCGAUUCGGGGUGGAAUAUUUCCAGGGCCAUUUUGGCAGAUUCCAAAGGGGUACUAUCACAAAUUUCUGGCAAUUUUUUGGAAAGGUCAUUUUUCAUUGAUUUUGAAGGCCACGGGUCACAGAUUCGUCUUUAGGGUACUCUCCACCAAUGAUGAAGUCUACUAAUCGCCCAUUUGGGCGGAAUUUUAUUCGAAAUUUUACGGACAUCAUAUUCGUAAUUUUUGGGCGAUUUUUUCGAAAUAUCAUUUUCCAUAGAUGUUGAAGGCUUCAGAUCACGGAUUUAGUCUUAAGCCAUUCUUGAGCAAUGAUUAAAUCUAUUAAACACCAAUCCUGCAGAAAUAUUUAUGGGGCCAUUUUUGUCAGAUUCCAAAGGUGUAUAAACACAUAUUUCAGAUGAUUUUUUGGAAAUGCCAUUUUCCUUAGAUUUUGAAGGACACGGGUCACAGAUUCGGCCUUAGGGUACUCUCCACCAACGAUGAAGUCUACUAAUCGCCGAUUUGGGCGAAAUUUUGGUCAGAUAUUUCCCGAGUGCAUUUUCGUAAUUUGUGGGCGAUUUUUCCAAAAAGCCAUAUUCCUUAGAUUUUGAAGGCUUCCGAUCAGGAAUUCAGCCUAAGGCUAUUCUUUAGCGUUGAUUAAGUCUAUUAAACACCGAUUCGGGCGGAAUAUUUUCGAGGCCAUUUUUUCCUUAUUCCAAAGGGGUACCACCAUAGAUUUCGGCUGAUUUUUUGGAAAUGUCAUUUUCCAUGAAUUUUGAAGGCUAAGGGUCACAAAUUCGGCCUUAGGGUACUCUUCACCAACGAUGAAGUCUACUAAUCGCCGAUUUGGGUAGAAUUUUUGUCAAAUUUUUCCAGAUGGCAUUUUCUUUAAUUUUUGGGCGAUUUUUUCGAAAUGCUAUUUUCCUUAUAUUUUGAAGGCUUCAGAUCACAGAUUAAUCCUGGGAUAUUCUUUAGCGAUGAUUAAGUCCAUUAAACACUGAUUAGGCGGGAUAUUUCUGGGGCAAUUUUGGCAGAUUCUAAACGGCUACCAUCACAGAUUUCAGCCAAUCUUUUGGAAGGCUAUUUUCCUUGGAUUUUGAAGGCCACAGGUCACAGAUUCGUCCUUAGGUUACUCUCCAUCAACGAUGAAGUCUACUAAUCGACGAUUGUGGCUGAAUUUUGGUCAAAUUUUUCCAGAGGGCAUUUUUAUAAUUUUUGGCGAUUUUUGCGAAAGGCCAUUUUCCUUAACUUUUGAAAGCUUCAGAUCACGAAUUCAGCCUGAGGCUAUUCUUUAGAGAUGAUUAAGUCUAUUAAACACCUAUUCGGGCGUAAUAAAUCCGAGGCUAUUUUUUGCAUAUUCCAAAGGGGUACAUCACAAUUUUUGGUAAUUUUUUUUGGAAAAACCAUUUUCCUUAGAUUUUGAAGCCCUUCAGGUCACAGAUUCGGCCUUAGGGUGCUCUCCACCAACGAUGAAAUCUUUUAAUCUUCGAUUUGGGCGGAAUUUUGGUCGAAUUUUUCUGGAGGGCAUUUUCGUUAUUUUUCGGCAAUUUUUUCGAAAGGAUAGUUUCCUUAGAUUUUGAAGGCUUCAGAUCACGGAUUCAGCCUGAGGCUAUUCUUUAGAGAUGAUUAAGUCUAUUAAACACCGAUUUGGGCAGAAUAUUUUCGGGGCCAUUUUUGGCAGAUUCCAAAGGGGUACCAUCACAAAUUUUUUUGCACACUUUUUUGGAAUGCCAUUUUCCUUAGAUUUUGAAGGCUAAGGGCCACAUAUACUCCCUUAGGGUACUCUCCACCAACGAUAAAGUCUACUAAUCGCCGAUUUGGGCGAAAUUUUGUUCGAAAUUUUCCGGAGUUCAUUUUCGUAAUUUUUGGCGGAUUUUUUCGAAAUGUCAUUUUCCAUAGAUUUUGAAGGCUUCAGAUCACGGAUUCAGUCUGAGGCUAUUCUUGAGAGAUGAUUAAAUCUAUUAAACACCGAUUCGAGCGGAAUAUUUCUUGGGCCAUUUUUUGCAGUUUCCAAAUGGGUACCAAUACAGAUUUCGGGCGAUUUUUUGGAAAGACCAUUUUCCUUAGAUUUUGAGGGACACGGGUCACAGAUUCGGCCUUAGGGUACUCUCCAAUUUGGGUUUUGGUUGAAUUUUUCCCGAGGGCAUUUUCCUAAUUUUUGGGUGAUGUUUUGAAAGGCUAUUUUUAUUAGAUUUUGAAAGCUUCAGAUCAUGAAUUCAGCCUGAGGCUAUUCUUUAGCAAUGAUUAAGUCUAUUAAACACUGAUUCGGGAGGAAUAUUUCCGGGGUCAUGUUUGGCAUGUUCCAAAAGGAUACCAUCACAGAUUUCGGGAGAGUUUUUGUAAAGACCAUUUUCCAUGAAUUUUGAAGGUCACGGGUCAAAGAUUCGGCUUUAGGGUACUCUCCACCAACGAUGAAGUCUACUAAUUGACGAUUUUGGGGAGCAAUUUUGGUCGAAAUUUUACGAAGGGCAUUUUUCGUAAUUUUCGGGCAAUUUUUUUGAAAGACCAUUUUCCUUAGAUUUUCACGGCUUCAGAUGAUGGAUUCAGCAUAAGGCUAUUCUUUAGCGAUUAUUAAUUCUAUUAAACACUGAUUCGGGCA